GAGAAAGAGGGACGUUCGAGCCCGAGAGACGAGUAUAACCUUCAGCAUCCUCCAGCCUUCAGAUCUUCCGAUCACCGCCCGCACCAUCUUUAUCUUUGGUUUCCAACCAGCUUUUUCAGCAACCCAAUCAUCAAAAUGAAGGCCGUCGCUUUCCUCCUCCCCGCUCUCGCUGCUGCCAGCCCCGUUGCUCAGGUCGUCGGAAACGACGGCUGGGCCAACGCCCCCGACCCGAAGCAGAUCCAGAUCGACAAGGCCAGCUUCUCUGGAAACGGCUGCCCCCAGGGCUCCGUUUCCACCUCCAUCUCUCCCGAUAAGACUGUUGUCACCUUCGGUUUCGACCGCUUCCAGACCUACAUCGGCCCCGGCUAUGACCCCACUGCUAAGACCAAGAACUGCCAGCUCCAUCUCUCCCUAAAGUACCCCAGCGGCUUCCAGUUCGCCGUUGUCGAGUCUACCUACCACGGCUACGCUCAGCUCGAGAAGGGCGUCACCGGCACCUUUUACAGCACCUACUACUUCAGCCAGGACGCCAGCGCCACCACCACCACCCAGACCUCCAUCACAGGCGGCGGCAUCUGGGAGUCUGGCCAGGUCUACACCAAGGCCGACCGCAUCCCCACCGCCAGCUACAUCUACUCGCCCUGCGGCGCCAGCGGCAUCCUCAACGUCAACAACCGCAUCGCCCUCACCAGCAGCAACCGCACUGCCAUCGGCGAGAUCACCAACGACGACGCCACCGUUGCCUUCACCCAGCAGCUCAACAUCGCCUGGCGCACCUGCAAAUAGAUGGCUUUUCCAUCUACCACAGCAUUGGGCCCAGGGGUUUAGGCUGGCUUGGUCUUCUUUUUUCUUCCUCCGAACACGGAAAAGGACUUUGCGGAAAUGGCGGGUGUGGAAGCCAAAAGGGAUGCGGGCUCUGGGACCUUGGAAGGCGGCGGGGCGUGUAGCCGGCAUGGUUGAGUGCCUGCCACGGAUACCCUGACCAAGGAACUUGGCUCAGAUCCGGAAUUUCUUGUUUUCUCUUCUGUUGGCUUUUCUUGUGUGGUCUUUCUCUUUUCCUCUCUUGUCUAGCAUGAGUCAAUCAAGCCUUUCCGAAACAAUUCCGGAUGCCCCAUCGUGAUGCUGUGAAUCUCUUUGCAAAAGGCUACCCAUUGUUGCAGUGUGUGGCAAGUGACAGAGUGUCGGGUCCAGCCGGUGCAUUUUUCCAAGCCGUAUCCGAAAAUAAGACUCUUCCCCCCGGGUGGUAGGCAAUACCACUUCGGGGGCCACGAGCAAAUGGGCGGUUCCACAGCCAACAGCUUGAGCUAGAGUGUUGAGCAAGUCGACUUGAUCAUCUGUAAGUCGCUUUCCCAUCUGAUUGAGUCGUCUAAUACCAUGGUAAUUCAUGCUGCUUGUUGGUUCUGGUGCUGGUGCUGGGUAUCCUGUCGGACCUGGAUUUGCUGUUCUCACGGUGGUCGUCGCAUUCUGCCGGUGCGGCAAAUGUCUCCGAUCGGGACCAACAAACUAAAAAUAGCCUCGGCCAAAAGCGAAAUGCCGUACAAUAACCAAGGCUUCUGAGGAUAGGUACCAGUUAAGGAACGUGGGAGGCAGAGACGAGGAGGCCAUUAUCCGGUAUAUUGCUGACUCUUGUCCCAUCACAGGUCGUCGUAUCGGGUGCCGCAGAAAAACUCGACUCGCUCAGGCGACCGGCCGAAGACUCCGUUCAAACUGCUCAACGAGGCACAACGCAUUCCCCGUCGAUACCGGGCCAACACGUCCCGAGAUACAUGGCGCGAUGAUGGCAGUCGAAGGGCCGCCACGUCGCAAGGCGUGGUGAUUGCCUCGCUGGCUGGGCACAGCAUCUGCCAGAGCUUGCGAGCUGUACCGGGGCGACUUGCCAGCUUCAACAAAAGUUCGGCUCUGUAGCGAUGGCCGUAUCAACCGAAGUUCGUCAGCGAAAAAUGUCGCUGGUCAGCGAUCGAGCGAUUGAGCAGGAGGAUGUGGAGGCGUGUCUUGGUCUGCUGAUCUGCCAUUGGCUGGAGGCAUCAUCAACACAGCAUCCGGUUCGAGGAUGGUUCAGUAAAGUGUUGGUUCGGAGC